GGAAGGACACGUUUGUAAAUUGGAUGCGUUCCUUGUUAAACGCUUCGACGGGAGAGAGAGAGUCCAUCGCUGUCUCUUCUGGUUAAAACCCUAGACAGUUCAGAUUCAAAAAGUAACCAGAUACCAUCGACACCGGAACAAAGAAUUCCUUCGUUUUUCAAAGGAGAAUCAAUGGAUUUGGAUCAGUGGAUAGCAAAGGUUAAAGAAGGCCAGCAUCUUUUGGAGGACGAGCUUCAGCUUCUCUGCGAAUACGUAAAAGAGGUCCUAAUUGAGGAGUCCAAUGUGCAGCCAGUCAACAGUCCAGUCACAGUCUGUGGUGAUAUUCAUGGUCAGUUUCAUGAUCUGAUGAAACUUUUUCAGACAGGGGGUCAUGUACCAGAGACAAAUUACAUAUUUAUGGGGGAUUUUGUUGAUCGAGGAUACAAUAGUCUUGAAGUUUUCACUAUUCUUUUGCUUCUGAAAGCUAGGUAUCCAGCCAACAUUACUCUCUUGCGUGGAAACCAUGAAAGCAGGCAACUCACGCAAGUUUAUGGCUUCUAUGAUGAAUGCCAGAGGAAGUAUGGAAAUGCUAAUGCAUGGCGAUAUUGUACAGAUGUUUUUGACUAUCUAACACUUUCAGCUAUUAUAGAUGGGACUGUGCUUUGCGUACAUGGUGGUCUUUCUCCUGACAUACGGACGGUUGAUCAGAUAAGGGUAAUUGAGAGGAACUGUGAAAUUCCACAUGAAGGGCCAUUCUGUGAUUUAAUGUGGAGUGAUCCUGAAGAUAUUGAAACAUGGGCAGUCAGUCCACGUGGAGCAGGUUGGCUAUUUGGAUCUAGGGUCACAUCUGAGUUCAACCACAUAAAUAAUCUUGAUCUAGUUUGUCGAGCGCACCAACUUGUGCAAGAAGGUCUCAAGUAUAUGUUUCAAGACAAAGGCCUAGUAACUGUAUGGUCUGCACCAAAUUACUGUUACCGCUGUGGGAAUGUGGCUUCUAUUUUGAGCUUCAAUGAGAAUAUGGAGAGAGAAGUGAAGUUCUUCACCGAAACGGAGGAGAACAAUCAGAUGAGGGGACCCAGGACUGGUGUUCCUUACUUUUUGUGAUUGAAAAGAGCAUCAUGAUGUGCAAUUCGCGAAAUCCUGCUCGUACUUUCAAUUGGCUGUUGAGAAAAGAUCCAAUAAGGAAGGCCUGGACUUGUGAUGCUUGGCUUAGCUUUGCUGCAUAUUCCUGUCUCGUCCGGGCGGCUUAUGGUCUCUGUAUGUUACGAAAGUAUUUAUUUGUUGUGUCUGUCAUCGUAGUUUAUUCCAUUAUGUUCAAUAAUUUUAGUGUAUAUAUAUAUACACACACACGCUACAUUUUUAGCUUGUCUUGAAUUCAACUACUUUUUAUUAAUCAUCCAUUUUGUAUGCUUCUUCAUUCAUCCAAAAUCUAUCUAUUAUUUUGUGGUGGUUCCUCUUCAUUAUAUUAUUAUUAUUUGGUGAAGAGAAAAUACUAUCAUUCAUAAAUAGAACGAAAUACA